UUAUAUUCUUGUCAUAACUUGCACACCUGUUGCAGUUGUGUUACAAUCUAAAAAGCGAAAAAGAUAGAAAAAAGGGAAACUUAAUGUAUUCAUUUCAUAUAACAAAAAAAAAAAACAAUAAGACGUCAAUGUGAUAAUCACAGCUUUGAUUUGGACUUACUUUUUAAAAAUGGAAAUACACCUAGAUUCAAUAAAUGUUUUACCAUUCAUCCUUGUUAAUCUAGUGUUUACGUCAACGAAAACAGAUGCCAGCUGUUUUUUGCCUAAAGAUCUGACGAAUGCAGCGUGGGAAUAUAAUUAUACAGACGUACCAAGCAGUUCAGAACAAUCAACAACUCUCAACAUCGCAACUACAACGCUACAGAAUUCCGUCAUCAAUUUAAAUGCUUUUGGGACAACAAUAAGAGAUUGGACUUGCAUCAAUAAUUUAAACAUCUCUUACACACAGACGCUUGUGGUUUUCAAAAGCGACACAAGCUUCAGCAGUGAUCCUUUUAGUGGUAACAGACGGCUAUAUCUUUGUAUGAAAUUUACAAAAGUGACGAAAGAUUUAUAUUACUUUCACCUUUUGUCAGAUAUUGAGACCAGCAUAAUUCCAAAUGAGAGAGUGUUCAUGUCAGAAGCAGGAAACACACCAGCCGAUGAAGCUCCAAUGUGUAGUACUUUCUGUCAAUACACAGACUCAUUAAAAAUUCGCACAUUAAGAAGACCAGGCACUAAUGACGUUUUGCCAAAUGAUGCUUCCUUGUGUGAACCAUGUGACAGUGCCUGUGACCUUGAAUUAGACAUAACUACUAAAAUUGAACCAACAAUGUCUAUAUCCAGUUCCGCAUAUUUUACAGAAUCAGCGGAAUUUUCAGGCACAGAGCCAAAGCUAACUACACCUGCAGAUUUAAUACAUCGUUGUGUAGAAAAUACGGACAGAUUUGAUACUAAAUGGAACAGAACAGCAGAAAACACACUGGUUACUGUAUCCUGUACUGGGGAAUACACGGGUACUGUUUCAAAAAAUUGUAGCAGUGGUGGAAUGUGGGACGAACCGGACUACACCCAGUGUAUAAGUGAAUCUAUUAAGAAUAUCAAGACACAGUUGGACAAACUAUUAGCUGGAGAUAGUGAAUUUCCACUUGUGAGUACUAUCCUUGAUAAUCUUGAAAACGUUACAAGUGCGACAAAUGAAUUACGAACUGGAGAUCUAGUAACGGCUUCAGCUUUACUCGAAGACAUUGCGAAAUAUGUAACAAAUCAUACAGAUAAGAUUUCUGUUGAUCAGCUAGAGAAUUUUGGUUCGAUCUGCAAUGAUUUACUAAAUGAAAAAUACCAUCAGUCAUGGGAAGAACAAAAAGAUAAGGGAACAAGUGGUAUAACCACAGUAGUAAAAGCAGUAACAGAUUACAAUAGUGCGUUUCAUAAUGUGAUGGAUGGUGAAUUUUCUAUGCAUGUUAACAAGGAAAAUAUUGUAAUGGAAGUAGGAAAGACUAGCUCUACCGAGAUCAUUGUUCCUGAUCGGUUGCAAACAAACGACUCGUGGAUAACCGAUUCAGGGACUGAAAUGAAACUUAAAAAGAACAUGUGCAUCGAUUUGACUGGAUAUAGUUGCACAUUCUAUCGAAAUAUAUCAAGCUUAUUUCCGAAAUAUUUACUUUUAAAUCGGGAAGUGCUGCUAUUUGAUGGAAUAUACGAUGUAAAUUCAAUCAUAGCUGAUGUUUCGAUUGAGUCAGAGUCGUGUUCGAAUUAUUCCUUAGAUUUAAGAUUUGGUCAUGUAUUAGGAAACCACUCUAGACCUGUUUGUGGAUUUUGGGAGUUCAAUGCUUCGAAUACCGUAAAUGGAGCUUGGUCGUCUUUUGGAUCACUAGUAGUUGAGUCCACAGAUUCUUACACAACCUGUGAAUAUAAUCACACCACGAAUUUUGCCAUACUGAUGAGCCCAGGAAGGACACCAUCGCCUCACAACUUUCCAUUGAGCCUCAUUUCAGCAAUAGGAUGUGGAAUAUCAAUUCUGUUUCUAUUCAUUACAAUUGUCGUUCAUUUAGUACUUUGGAGGUAUGUAAGAACUGAUAGAUCAAAAACACUGAUGAACUUAUGUGUAGCGUUAAUUCUGUCUUAUGUCCUUUUCCUAGCUGGUAUAACACGAACAGAGAAUAAGGCAGUCUGUACAGCGAUCGCAGUAACUUUACAUUAUAUGUUCUUAACAGACUUAGCUUUGAUGCUAGCUGAGGGUAUUCUGAUAUUGAGAAUGGUUAUGAUUGUUUUCCCAACAAAAUCUAUUGUUCAUUGGUUGCUGCCUACAUGUUGGGUUGUUCCGGGUAUUAUUGUCGGAAUUUCUGCCGGUGUGACUAAACUUAAUGGCUAUGGUAACGAGCAGUUUUGUUGGUUGACUCUUGAUUCAAACCUCAUAUGGGCGUUCAUAGGACCAGCAUUACUUGUAAUUUUGAUCAAUUUUGUUAUCAUUGUCUUAACAGUACAUAAAAUGAUGACCACUAAAGGGUUAGCUAGGAAAACAUUAGACGAGAAAUCAAGGAUUGGUAUAGAAAGUAUCUGUGUCAUUUUACCGUUAUUUGGAAUAACAUGGGUACUUGGUGCAUUUUCUGUAAACGAGGAUUUGGUUGUGUUUCAAUACUUAUUUGCAAUUUUCAACUCUUUACAGGGUCUUUUUAUUUGUUUAUUCCACUGUUUUUUUAACAAACAGGUCAACCAGGGUUAUUAUCAUUACCAAAGACGCCGAAGAGCCAAUCGGUCGAAUAUUGAAGUGUCUACCGAUACUUCUAACUAUUACACCCAUACUAGACAACAACGAAAGAUCAACGGUAUCUUUACACAGAGCAAAGAACAAAAGAACGGAACAACGUACAGAUAUGCAUCUCAAAGCUUAUAUGGAAAUUAAAAUCAUUUCAUAUACUUUUCUGAAUUCAUUAUUUUUUUUCAAAUUCUGCUUAACAAUCGAUAGAUAUCUAAAUGUAUUAGCAAAUUAUUACAAAAUAAACUAUUGAAAAGUUUA